ACAAGAGCUCAAAAAUCUAAAUUAAUGAUUAACAACAAAAGUUAUGACAUUUUGAAAGAAAUAUUAGGAGUGAAUGUGAUUUUUGGUAACAGAUUUUAAGUGCAUUAAACAAGAACGGACCAUCUAUCAGAGGUCAUCAAAGUUUUGGAAUUACAAAUACAAAAUUCAACAUGAACUUUCAAAGCAUUUGGCUAUGUCUUUCCAUUUGCUUUGGUUACUCAUUAAGCAACCGUGUAUACAUUCACCCGUUUAAUCUAUUUGCUUACAACAAAAGUGAGUGUGAAAAAGUCGAAAAGCAAAAUCACACAAUAGAAGUAUUCUUUACUCCAGUCUCUGUCGAAACAAAUAUUUCUCCUGAAGAAGAAACAUUGGGAAGCACAGGAGCUCUAGAAACAAAGCUACUUGGGACUGUUGAAAGGCAAAGGGUGAGUAUAUUACCAUCUCUUGUGAAUGAUGCUGGAUUUCGGUGUUUUAAUGGAUGGAAAGAAACACACAAAGAUGACACCAUCCUUAUGUCUUUCACAAAUCUAUUUGGAUCAUUGGUUUCCUUUUACUUGGGUGCCCCAACUCACACUUCAGCUGACCUUCAGGCUUUUUUAGGAUUUGCUCACCAGUCGGGAGACCAAGAUUGUGUCUCUAAAGUGGAUGCUCUAAAAGUAAUUUCAACGCUCAAGCACAUUGAUAACCGUCUCUUUUCCAAAGAUAAUAACAUUGAAUCACUGAAAAUGACAUGUCUGUUCAUCUCCGAAGAUGUUCCUCUGUCUGAAACCUUUAUUCAUAACCUGAUACCUUCAGCUGAUAAAUUUUAUGUGAGGGGUGUAGACUUUACUAAUCCCACCAAAGCCGUGGACUUAAUCAAUAAAUAUCUGAACACUCGGUCAACGAAAAAAGGAAAAUAUAUAUUAACACCGGUUGAUGCUUCUGCCAAUAUCCUUUUUAUGAGCUAUAUCCAUUUUAAAGGUAAACUGAAAAAUGCAUAUUUAAUUCCGGAACCUCAAGAUUUUUGGGUUGAGCCAGGCAGAAAAAUUGCUACUCCCAUGAUUUCGUUGUCUGGAAUGUUCCAUUAUAAGCAAGACAUCAACAUGAAUCAGAUUAUAGUAAAGGUUCCACUUGGUGAAAAUGAUUUCAUGCUAUUGAUUCAGCCAAUAAAUGAGAAUACACUUGAAAAUAUAGAGUCUUCCCUUUCUUGGCAUACAUUUUUGAAAUGGCUGGAGAACCUAUCAAGCAGGCACAUCAAUUUAUCAUUGCCAAAGAUGGAAAUAGAAAGUUCUUAUGAUAUUCAAGAUAUUCUCAGCAACAUGGAGUUAUCAUAUCUACUUGGAAAAAAGGCUGAUUUUACUAAAAUAAGCAAUGUAGAGCUCACAGUUGGAAAGAUUAUUAAUAAAGUUCAUUUUGAGCUAGAAGAAAGUGGCGAAGAUGCAAAUAAAGCACAAGAUAUCCCGGUAAAUAAAAAUGACCAAGAGCCAAUGGAGAUCAAAUUUGAGAAGCCAUUCUAUUUUGUUGUUUUUGAAGGCACAACAAAGGCAUUGCUUUUCAUUGGAAGAGUGAAAAGUCCUCUAAGCACAAUCUAACAUUUUGAGUUUCUAGAAGAAUGUGGUAAACGAACUGCAAACAUUGCUUCUGAUUAAUUACUCCAAUCAUUAAAUAUAUAGCAUAUACUCUUCAUCAAUAAUGGAAUUCUUACUUUAAAGGGAUACUCUCACGGGAAACCAUGUUUUUUUUUUUAAAAAAAAACACCAGUUAAUAGUGCUGUUU